UACUCGACUUCGGCCGGCCAGUUGCGUCACUUCGACCAUCCUUGAGCGGGGAUGGUCUCAGUUUGAUUAUACGGUGGUAAUCGACGGGUAUAUUACAGUGCCGCGUAUGAAUUUCACAUGAGAGAGAAAGAGACGAUUACAAAGGCUAUGAAGAAUCGGCGCGGAGCUCUCGCUCUUGAGCGGCAAGUGAUGGACCGGUUGCGCGGCCGAUUGGAGGCACCGGUUUCAGGAAAGUGCGUGAGCUUCUUCUUCGACCCUGUUUAUUAAAAACACUGUGAAGCACGCUGUGACACGAAAUUGUGAACACUCAGAGGACUUCAUGUCUCACCGUGAUAAUCCGUUUGUAAGUGACCGACUAUUAAACAAUCUGUAUCAGAAUUGUGACAAAAUAGUGACAAACCAGCUACAAUGCAUUUAACGUGAACGUCAGUGCGUUAAAAAGUUAAAUGAGAAUAAUCAUAUGAAGAUAUAAUUUUUUUGCAAAAAUGUAGUUUCUAAAUAAAAUUUAGCAUUUAGCUCGACGAUUUUUUGAACGAAGCGGAAAAACUCUUUUGUAACGUGAAGAUAUUUUGAACUGAUUGAACGCGUGAGGUACUUGAUCGGUAGUUCCUUAUAUCAAAAAUUGAUCUCCAUCUAUGGUCCAUCGAAAUCAGAACCGAGAAGGCGUUGGAGACAAGAUAGCCGCGGUCGAUCAUCGUUUGACCGAAGUCAACCGGUGGGACCAGCGAGGACCAGUUCGAUACACACGUUCGCGAGGAGCUUCGAGCGUGCAUGCACGCGUACGACGACGUCGGCCGUUAUGUAAUCGACGGCGGCGUUGAUCGCGCUCGUAAACAAUGUAAGGACCGGUUGUUUAACGGAUACUCAUUUUCUGUAUUUACGAUAAUGCCUUGAGCGUGUGGGUAGCAUUUUCCCGUCGAACACGGCAUUCCCGACGGUGCACCGCCACUGAGAAAGAGAGAAAGAGCUGGAGGCUCCGCGUCCCGCGCGGUCGUUUCCGGGCACAGUGCUGCGUGCCCUGCGACGAGGAGGGCGUUUUAAAUGCGUAUAAUUGUCGACGAAAGGGGCGCUCCGAUUUUGGCUCCUUUUUCGGGAGGAGCGAUGAAUUGAUUAGCUUGCACGCGGUGAAACGGGGAGAGGACAUUAUAUCGAACACGGCAGUGAUCGGCCGUUUUACUUUUCUUGGCGCGACCGACGUUUUAAUCGGAAGAGACGAUCGACGACAUCGCGGGAAGCUUGACCGAUCCGUUAGAGGUUAAAGGCUGCUACACACUGCGUGGCUAUACGGCGAUCGACAAACUACGUUUGUGGUGCUAACGCGAAUGCUUCUUCGCGCUCGGUGGUACGCGCGAUACCGCAUGCGGCGCAGCGAAUUCCGAGAGACCGUGAGGAUCGCAGACCGUGGCAGAACAAUCUCGGCGUAGGCUUCCGACGCGGUCGGAUCCAGGGUGCGACAGAUAUGGAUGACGGUGUGCAGAACGGCCUGCAGCCGGACCAGUGGUUGUCAUCCAUCGAGAAGGGUGAGAAACGCGCGAGCUCCAUCGGCAGCGGUGCGUUGCGUUUCAUUCGCACGCGCAGCAGCAUUCGGCGAGAACUCAAGCGACAAUGCCAUCGAAGUAAGAACGGCGAUUCCUACGGUGUUCAAGACAACCAUGCCGGAAGCGGCGGAGGUGGUGGCAUAGGAAAGUGGUUGCGGGAACAUCUGGGUGGCGGUUCAAAGGGAAGUCACGACGUUAACUCCACAUUUUCCUCGAAGGGAAGUGCAAAUACCAGCGAUAACGGUCGGGACAAUAAAUCCUUGGGCAAGACGAUUUACACGUCACAAAAUCUCUACUGCAGCCUGCCAAGAGAGCAUGGCCGCUACGUGCACAACGGCCCCCGAAAGAUCAUCAACCAUGGUAAUUCCGCGAAGUCUCAUGGUUACGAUCGGCCGCGAUCGAACAGCAUGAACCACCAUGAGAAGUCUAUGUCGAGCGACCUUGGGACCUUGACGCGAGGUGGACCGAUCUACGGCAGCGAAGGCAGAAGCCUGAAGAAACGGAAUCGCGAUCGUCGUCGGCACUCGCUUCACGAGACGCACGAUCAAGGCCGCAAUCGUCGAAGAAGGUGUAUCCCGGAUGGCGGGGACGUCGGUUACACGAUGACGGAGUUGCAACCGUCGCCGCCAGGAUAUCGCGUCCAGGAUGAGGCCCCAGGCCCACCUUCCUGUCCUCCGGGGUCCUACAAAUAUGCGAGCCACGGCCACGGGGGCGAGGCUGCCAAUUUCAAGAGUGCCACGUCGUAUUCUCAGGAAGGCUAUGGCCUUAAGCAGAGUCCGCCUCGGUCGGUGGCUCCUAACGAAUAUUACCGUCGCAGAAACGACGGGCGGAGGUCCAGCACGGAGAACGAUCACGAGGGUGGCAACGGCGGCAAGAAGGCCGUCGCGGUUACCAGUUACAACGACAGUCACAAGAAGAAUACUCCGGGCUAUAAGAACGACUGCGGGUACAGCGAGAACCUCGGAUUCAACAGCUUCACGCUCCCUCUUAAUGAGAGAGACGAAGCUUCGCCACCACCGACGCCGCCAGUUAGGGAUGCCUCCAGCCUCAAGGGCGUGUGUUACGGCCCGGGACACGAGAAGUAUCCUUCGUGGCCGAGCGCGCCCGAACGACACUCCGACGAGGAUAUCCACAGCUCGGGGCACAGCGGUUCUCACCGCUCCAAGUCCUGGACCGAUCACACCAACUAUCCGAAGGAGAAGCCGGCCCAGUACACCAGACCACACACGAAGAGGCCCAAUCCCGCGUUCACGCAGCAGUUGAAGACGGUAAUGGAGCGUUGCGAGAAGAUCCCAGCCGAGACUUACGAGUCACGCAACAGAAGUAGCGUUGAAGAGGAGCCGAGAUUGUGGCCGCGCGUGGAUCGCGAAGGUAAAGCUUUGGGAGACGCGGAAUACGUGGUUCCAUCACCACCGGAACGGGAACAGCAGUCGCAGACUUUGAGUCACGUUGAUCUGGAGGCUUAUGUAAGAGGCUACCAGGAUCCUCAGGUGCCCCAGGUGGACCUUUAUCGCGAAACCACCUUGACGCAAGCGGGUCUUGAGGAAUAUACGAGAGUGCAGCAUUCCCAACAGGCCAGCUACGCGCAAUCCGAGGGAUACCACAGUUAUGUCUCCAGCGUGGAUUCUACGACGAACACACCGUUUCUCGACAGAUUGAGGAGAGACAGCGAGGCGGUGGCACAAAGGCCCGCGGCAUCUUGGGAAGACACGUCCCGAGAGGGUAGAGACAGCGUGGUGACUACGUCUAGUGGUAGCGCAUCCAGCAGCGAGACUUUAAAAUGGCAUGGCUCGAUGUCGGAUGUCAGCGUGUCGAGUGGCAUGCCUCCUCGCCAGACGGUAUCGGAUCGAUGGCAUCAUGGAUCCAUGUCAGACGUUAGCAGCGUAAACGGAGGGAUUCUAACUCAAAAACCCAACAACGGCUGUCACGAGAAGUGGCAGAGUUCCAUGAGCGACGUCAGUACGUCCGGGAUGGGCCCGCCGACAAAAGGAAGGCACAGCAUUGACAAAUGGCAAUCUUCGAUGAACGAUCGAAAUAAGCAGGGACAGGGUAGACCCAGCUUACCAGCGGUGAUCGGUCACUGCACGACGUCCGCGUCGAUCAGUGAUAUCUGUCAAACGUCGGCGAUUCGAGACAGCAAGUGGCAGGAAUCCAAUCUCGACGACGAUUCGCUGAAUGAUAGAUCACAAGCGAACCAGUGGGACAACUCGAGCAGACUCGAGAACGACAAGUACGCUCAGUCUAUGCCGCAAAGUCCUACGCGCCAGCAAGUUGGAGCGGCGAGUCCGCAGAGCUCCGAAAAUUGGAAUCCUAUACAUGGAUCCAUGUCCGACGUGAGUCAAACUAACGGAAUUCAGUGCAGCAAGCAGCUGAUCGCUCACAGCGCUAGGGUGCAGACUCCUCAACGGCAUCAUUCGGAAAGCGUGCUGUACUUGGAUCGCGAGCGCAGCAAACGAAAACUUUACCCAGUCAGUACGACGCAGCCGCAAGAAUCCACGCAAUCUUCGAGAUUGACCUUAAAUUCGCCGCCGCAACCGCAGCUUUCAGUAGCUGAACGUAUCCACGAAUUGGAAAAGCAACAACAGCAACAAAUGCGUUACACUUAUUUGGAUCCCGAGAAACGUCACAGGGUGUCCGAUCCUACUCUGAAAGCAAUCCAAAAGAAAGCGUUGUUAUCCUUUUACGAAAGACACCAACAAGCGUCUUGGCGAUCGGAGCCUCAAUUGGCGCAAGGACCUGCGCCAGCACCUCAGAGUCCUCAAAGUCCACCGCCGCAGCCUCCCCCUCGACCGAAACUAUCCUCAUCCCGAAGAGCCAGUUCAGCGUCGGAUUACGCCAGUGGUGCGUGGAGAGAAAACGUUGGCAGGUCCCAAAAUCAAGGAAACGGCGACUUACCGAGUCCUAAGCAUCAACAUAGCAACAGCUGCAGUAGCCUCUCCACGGAUUUAUUGGGUCCUGUCAUAGUCGGAUCGGCAAUAUCGAUAGACGAUUGGGUGCCCGAGAGACCGCCUAAAAAGCCACACCUGAGAAACGUUUUCAACGAACGUGUACCCAGCCCCGAUUUGCCACCACCGUCGCCGCCGACGGUCACGGAGAGCGAGGUCCACGAUUGCGACGAUCCAUUGCCGCCCCCACCACCCGAGCUCAGCGACGAUUGUUUCACGGAGCGUAAAUCUAACAACAUUCACCACCAGACGGAGGAAACGGCAAAGAUCAGUCGUGAAAGGUCAUGCGAACGACAUAAGUCGGAAAGACAUUCCAUGAAAAGAUCGAAACACAACGCCAAGAGAGAUCACGAUAAGCCCACCGGCAAAUCCUCGCCGAAUUCAACGAAAACAGGCGUGCAGGAACAGCAUCAGUUCGUGAGAUCCGCCACGGCGCUGAAACACGUGGAUUCCGAAAUGAUACUGGAGAACGGAGUCUCGGCCGGCUUCGCCACGCACAGGAUGGUAGUCACGGGACGUUCCAGUUUGAGAUAUCCUUCUACUCAGAAGCUUAUGGUGAACGGGAGGAUAGCGCCGACGAGGAGAAUAUCCGAGGAGAGAUCUUUUUCAACCAGACCUCCGGCGCAACUGCCUGAUCUUGUAUCGCAAAGAUACAGCGAUUCCGGGAAUCAAAGACCCGCCCCGCAGGUUCCGGUGGAGCCGAGGAUCAUUCGGCAGGAAUCGAUGCGAGUCGACGGGACGCGCGUCGACGCGUCCGGUUUGUUGCGAAACGAUUCCGGCCAGAGAUUAGAAUCUUCUUCGGGUCAGAGACCGCAGCCUCAAGUGCCUAAAAACGCGGAUAAAAAUACCACGGCGAGUCCAUCGUCGAGACCGAAUUAUCUGCCGGUGACAGAGCUCGCGAAGAGUCCGUCCAAAUACCUGAAGAGCGGAAAUCACAGUUUCUCCAUCGGUAGCCCGGUGAAGACGGGCUACGAAGCUAGCUCGAAGUUAUUCCCCUCGGAGUCAAGCCCGCAAAAAUAUCAUGAACCUCCGAAAUACGUUCCUAAUCACCAUCAACGUCCUAACGACGUGACGCAGAGGACUAUGCACGGUUACUACGCACUGCCACCGAAAUACGUUGACAUACCUAAGCAGAAACCUCAACCUCAAUGUCCGCUGGAGAAAUACAGCACGGAUUCUCCUAGUUCACCGCCACCGCCUUUAGCACCACGGCAGAGUACGUCUGGUAGGAAGUCCUUGCCGCCCCCGCCGAGACCCGCACCUCCGCACUCUCACCAAGGAAGCCAGUCUAAGGCUUCCUACUUGGCUCACAGGCGAGAGCGUGGUGCUCCCGAUAGCGAGGGCAGCUACAAGAGAACUAUGUCGCCAACAUCACGGAUGGACGAUUGGCCGCCUCCUAGGGAUCACGACGAUCCCAUUCUUUUACGUGUCACAUCGCAUCAUCCAUUACCGCAGCAGCAUCAUCACCAUCACAACAAUCAUUCUGAUCUCUCCAAGUCAUACAGCGUGGACGCUCUUCAUCAUCGAUUGGAGGAGAGGUGUCCUCAACAGCAGCAACAUUCGACAGAGGUGGUCACUAAAUUCACGCACGAUCUCAACAAAAAGCUCCAGGCCAGCGACGUACGGUCUCGCACUAAUGAAAACAACAACAACGACAAUCUCGAGGAUCGGCAUCAACAUCAUCAUCAUCAUCAUCAUUAUCAAGAAAAGAGGCAUCCGGAAAAAAGACACGACUACGAGCAACGUAGAGAAAGACUAUCGCCGCAAAGCGUGGAGGUUCUUAAUGACAGGAACAGGCAGCUAGAGCGAGAACGUCGGAAGUUGGCAGCGAGCUGCGAGCCCCUACCUCAAAAUAGAGAGAAGCAGCUACGAGAAAUCAGUGGUCCGCUUCCAAUUACCGGCGACGACUUCUUCCGCGAGAGAAGCGCUACGAUCGAGAUGACCUCGCAGAAUAUUGAAUUACUAAAUCGCCGUAAUGAGAAGAGAAUAAGUGGUGUAUCAACAUCAAAUAGCACGAUAUCCACGUACUCAAUCAGCACCACAACGUCAUCAGCCGCUACGAAUUAUGAUAACGGUUGGACGAGAAAACAAGAAACGCAAAACUCGAUAGAAGCUACCAUCUUUUCCGACAGACCACCGCCGCCGACAAGUUCACCGCCGAAAUCGCCAAAUAACGUCGAGAUUACGAGUCCACGAGGAGCUGUUCCGAGACGAUCGGGAAGCUGUUCUAGCACCUCUUCCUCAGGAAGAUCGAUAGAUGCUCGCAUAUCGCCUCGAGGUUUGCUAUCCAGAUCGUCUCCUAAGAGUUCCCUCGAUUCUCUCACGCGGAACGAAGCACGGAUGGAAUAUGCCUCCAACAGAAAAGUCUCCAGCCCGACUCAAACGGAUAAUACGGGUUCCUGGAACAGAUCCAACUCGCCGAGCCGGCUGAGUCAAACGAGCGAUACGGAAUCGCGAAUCGAGAGACUCUCCGCGUCUUCGAAAUUUAGGACGGGCGGCAGAUCGUCCACGUCUUCGAUCUCGAGCGUUUCCAAAGCGUCCUCUUCCUCCUCGCCGAGGAAUUCGCCGGUCGAGGAGGACAAGUCGUCGACGAGAUCGUCGCUUUGCGUAUCGCCCCAGCCGGGCAUAGAAGGACUGACGUUGGUGCAGCGUACCGAGGUCGUGUUGCGGGUGAACGCGGCCACCAGCGACGCCGCAUCGCAGACUGACAUUCUGGAGGACACGGAGCAGGAUUGCGUCAGCAAAAUUCAGCGGCCGCUUCCGGAAUCUAGGAAGAAAUUACCGGAGGAGAUCGAGUGCGAGGAGCUCAGCAAGGAUUUAGCCAGUCAACUCAGCCCCAACGACAAGCUGGUGCCCAUACUCGUUCCAGCGCCGGAGCACAAGAAACCCACCGACUACGUUUCCGGCCUGUUCAGGGUGGAGGCGACCUUGCAGCCACGAACAAGGCGACGGCUCUCCCUGGAAGAGUCAACGGCCUCCUGCAGCGAGGACGCGGACGUGGACGAUAAAAAGCACGAAACGAUACCCUCGGCUCCCGUCACGCCACUGUCGGCCGAUUCCACCAGCCCCCUGUCCCUCACUUCGGCUUAUUUCACGACAUCCGAGGGGAAGGCGAGGUUCCUGACGAGAUACUCGCGGGACGUCACGGCGGAGGGAUUAACACAUCAAGAGGAUGCGCCGGCGGUUGUACCAACGAACAGCCUUGACCUUAGGCAGAAAAAGGAGGAGCUGAUGAUGCGCCUCGACAGGAAGCUGGUGGUUCUCAGGGCCGAGCAGGAGGCCGUAAGGGAGGAAGGUGAGGUGAAUGAGACUCUGGGUGCGCGAGUCGCCGCUCGCGUUUCCGCCGUGGCUCGCCCGCCGGAAGCGUCCAAGUAUCGGAAUCACGUAGAGGAAGUCGGCAAGAUUACGAGCCUCCUUCUCGGCCUCAGCGGCAGGUUGGCUCGCGCUGAGAAUGCCCUUUAUGGUAUGCCGGCCGACCAUGCAGAGAGAAAAAUUUUGGAGAGUAAACGGGACAAGCUAAUGGAUCAGUUAGAAGAAGCAAAGAUUUUGAAGAACAAUAUUGAUAAACGUAGCGUGAAUAUGUCGGUGAUCCUAGCAAAGUACCUGAAUGAAGAGGAAUUUGCUGACUACCAGCAUUUCAUCAACAUAAAGGCGAAACUGAUAGUGGACGGUCGCGAGAUACAGGACAAGGUGAAGCUAGGCGAGGAGCAAUUAGCUGCGUUGAAAGAGGCAAUUGACUAGUCGUAACGAGGGACUUACAUGCUAAGUUAUUAUGAAAUCGAUUCGUAAAUAACCGUGCAUUUCCAGGCGUGAACAAUGGUGUUCCGCAUAAUGAGUCAAGCUGACUCGAAAGUAUAAGUUAAUAGGAGUAAAAAGUUACGGGGACACACAAAAGAGAAACAAAAUAGAAAAAAAUAUGUACAUUUUGUACCCUAAAUUAAUCAAUUUUCAAUUUUAUAUAUAAUAUAUAUUAUAUUGUUUAAAAUGAUAUAAAAAUUAUUUUUAAAAUUUUUUAAAUUAUUUCUAGAAUUAUCUGCGAUUAAUUGAACAUUUUUGAAAAUUUAAUUUAAAAAACAUCAAAAAAACAUCAUAAAAAAUCAUAUUUUGUAUAAAUAAAUUUCUAAAGUAACAUUACAAAAAUGCUGAGAAAUUUAAUGGAUGACCGAAGUAAUAUGUAAAUUGAAUGCGUGAAAUUUUAUUUACAUAUAAAAUAAAAACAAGUUAAACAUAA